GGGGCGCUUGAUAUCAGUUGGAUGUGUGUGAACUGAUGAUCAGCCAGUGACAGUGUAGCGGAAGUGUCGGUAAGAGUCCGCGUUGUGAAAGACUCGUCUCAGUACGGUAACUUGGCCAUGUGGACUCCGCCCUGCGUGUGAGAGCAUGUUGUCGGCCCGUAUCUACUGUUCGCCUGGCUGUCGGCUUAGUUCGGGCGGACGGACACAAAGCGGGACGCGCCGGGCAGGUUUUGGAGCGCACCCAGCAAAGCGCAGCGCGCUUCGGAAAGGCAGACUCCGUCCUCCCGCAGGAGUUUCCGCUCCGCUGCUGCUGCUGGCCGCCGCUCCGCUGCGCUGCUCGGAGACAUGCCCGGAUUUGAAAGCGGCGGCGGCGGGUUUGAGUCGAUCAGCUGAGCGGCACAUUUACGACACCGGCACGGUUUGCGGCCACAGCUGACGCGGUGCGCGUGGAGGCGGAAGCGGAGCGAGUCAGCCUGCGCAUCAGCCGAGCAGCCGAGCUUUGCAGAAUGAUCAAACUGAGCCCUGACUGACUAUCUGCGAGAAGACAUGAGCCGUAAAGACAAGGAGUUGCGGAUACACUUCAGUCCAGGUCACGUAGAGCUGGUGGAGGAGGAUGUGUGUGUCCCCAGUCGCAGGGUCGUGGUGACAGGUGCCACAGGUCUGCUGGGCCGGGCCGUGCUCAGAGAGUUCCAGAACAAUGACUGGUGGGUUCUGGGUACUGGAUACCGGCGUGCACGUCCACGCCACCUCCGCUGUGACCUGCUGGACGAGGAGGCUGUCAGGAGCUUCAUCCAAGACUACAAGCCUGAUGUGAUCGUGCACUGUGCAGCAGAGCGGAGACCAGAUGUGGUGGAGCGACACACAGAGGCAGCUGUUCAUCUGAACGUGCACGCCACCGCCACGGUUGCCAAAGAAGCAGCAAGUAGCGGUGCAUUUCUGAUCUACAUCAGCUCUGACUAUGUGUUUGAUGGACGGAGCCCCCCCCAUGGUGAGGACGACGCCCCAAAUCCCCUGAACAUCUACGGCCGAAGCAAACUGGAAGGAGAGAGAGAGACCCUCCGCCACUGUCCAAGAGCUGUGGUGCUGCGGGUACCGGUGCUGUAUGGGGAGGUAGAGUGUGUGGCGGAGAGUGCAGUGACAGCGUUGUGGAGUCGCGUCCAGCAGGGGGAGAUGGAGAGCUGCACGCUGGACCACUGGCAGCAGAGAUUCCCUACUGACACCCGAGACGUGGCCACCGUCUGCAGGAAAAUAGCUGAGAGAGGACUGCAGGAUCCCUCUAUCCGUGGAAUCUUUCAUUUUUCAGCAAAAGAACAGAUGACCAAAUAUGAGAUGGCUGUGGCGAUGGCCCAGGCCUUCAACCUGCCCUCUGCUCACCUCAUACCGCUGACGGAGCAGCCAGGGGGCGCCUUGCGUCCAGAGAAUCCUCAGCUGGAAUGUUCCAGGCUGGAGAUGUUGGGUCUGAGCGUCGAGCCGCGACCGUUCAGGUUGGCCAUCACUCAGAGUCUGUGGCCAUUUCUGCCAGACAAGCGCUGGAGACAGACUGUCUUUCACUGACUGACUGACACACAGGCACACAGACUGUCUUUCACUGACUGACUGACUGAUACAGAGAGACAGACUGUCUUUCACUGACUGACUGAGUGACACACAGAGACACUGUCUUUCACUGACUGACUGACUGACACACAGACUGUCUUUCACUGACUGACUGACUGACUGACUGAUACAGAGACAGACUGUCUUUCACUGACUGACUGACACACAGACACACAGACUGUCUUUCACUGACUGACUGACUGAUACAGAGAGACAGACUGUCUUUCACUGACUGACUGAGUGACACACAGAGACACUGUCUUUCACUGACUGACACACAGACACACAGACUGUCUUUCACUGACUGACUGACUGACUGAUACAGAGACAGACUGUCUUUCACUGACUGACUGACACACAGACACACAGACUGUCUUUCACUGACUGACUGACUGACUGACUGAUACAGAGAGACAGACUGUCUUUCACUGACUGACUGACACACAGACUGUCUUUCACUGACUGACUGACUGAUACAGAGAGACAGACUGUCUUUCACUGACUGACUGAGUGACACACAGAGACACUGUCUUUCACUGACCGACUGGCACAGAGAGACAGACCGUCUUUCACUGACUGACUGACACACAGAGACAGUCUGUCUUUCACUGACUGACUGACUCACAGAGACAGACUGUCUUUCACUGACCGACUGAUACAGAGAGACAGACUGUCUUUCACUGACUGACACACACAGACAGACACAGAGACAGACAGUGUGUUUAGUAUCUAUUCAUAGAUUUGUGUAUGUGUAUUUUAUUUCAGUGGAGUUGAAGCAGUUUCUUCUGCAGGGCAUUCUAUUCUAUUCUAUGUUGUAUUGUAUUCUGUGUGUCCUAUUCUAUUGUUGGACACUGUAUUCCUUCUAUAUUUUACGUUCCAAGUUGUCUAUGCUGUGUUAUUCUGUGUUUUGACUGUAUAUUUAAAAUAUUUCCAUAUGUUCUAUACUGUGCUCUACUGUGAUUUUGCUGGAUACUCUACAGUUCUGUGUAGUAUCUGUCGAGUACUGCAUUCUGUUUUCUAUUCCGUGUAUGAGAUGGCAGCAGCUAGUCUGUACUGUGUUUUGAGGUGUAUGCUGCUGUGGUUCUGCUGGACACACCAUUCAAUCUUGUUUCACUGCAAUAAAGUAAAGAAUGUU